CUACUCUGUACGCAUGAUAGCAUGCCUAAAAAAAUUCGAAUUUAUUCCCCUUUAGAAAGUUGAGGGAACAAUAAAGUAUCCAGUAUCGAGAGAAACAAGGUUUUCGGCCGUGGAUACUCCUACCCAAGUAUCCACCUGGCCCGGGCCGGAGGGUAGUAAAGUAGCCGAGCGCCGCGAGGACGGUUCUGCGCGAUCAUGAUGGGUCCACCUCGCUAGUAGGGCGGGAGACCGAAAGAUCUUCCGGAAGCAUAAGCAACGACGAAGUAGAUCUUCCAGAGGAAAAUAAAAGCGGAGAAGGAAUUUGGGACGAGAGAGGAACCACCAGCAGGCCGUUUUGGUCUACAACUCUCCCGUAGUGGUCGCAGCGACGAACCUCUGGAGCGGACGACGGUAAAUCCGCACAGAGGACAAGAAGAUGCCGGACCAGGAGGGGAAGGGAUACCUGGCAGAUUUGCAGGAUGAGGAUUACGAUGAGGUGGUCAGCCGGAAGCGGCAGCGGCAGCUUGCCGCCAAAGUGUGCCAGGACAUGUGCAUCUUCGGCGUGUUUCUCGCCGCAUUUACGAUUGUCGUCCUGGCAUCCCUGUCGGCAGACAGCAGUUUGUUGGUAAGAGGCCUGUACAAAAGGUCAAAGUUAUUUCGUUUGUUUCCUUUAUGCAAGGUUGUGACAGAAGAUCAAGUUCAAGAUCACAGUUUCGUUUGUUUCCUUUUUGGUGUCAUGCCAUGACAUCGACUGAACAGAAUUAGUGAAUUUAUCACACUGAAUGAGCUUCAUCGUGCAAGUAUCAAAACACCACUCCGCGCCGACAGGUCGCCCGCACGCAGGAGGUGAUAAAGAUGAAGAACAGCUCCGUGCCACUUGAGUCCGUCUCCUCCGUUGACACAUUUUACGAGUACACGGAAAAUUUUUUCGAUAUGAUUUUCACCAACACCACCGACACGGAGCUUGCAAAGGAUCGCAGCCGGGUGAUGGUACCCCUGGACAGCAGCAACCGACUCUUCGGCUCCGUGCAGAUACGGCAGUGGCGCGUCACCAAGGUGGCGCAAUGUCAGGUCGGGACCAUGUUUUCCGAAUACAAAACCGACUGCUACCCGGUUUUUUCAACGUAUGAAACGUUAUCUCUUCUUGUUUUUCUUUCGGUUUUUUGGAGAACGCAAAGAGAGAAAGCUCGUCUUGAGUGACUUCCUUUCGCUCAUCCUGAAGAGGUCGUGAACCUGAUGAACACCGACCGUUUAAUGUAUGUUCCUCAUUCGAAGAACAUCGGAAUAGUUUUGGAAGGUGGUCUACAACUACCCUCACGAUGAAAAUAAACCAAAACAGCGCAACGGAGUCAAAAGCGGGUUACGGUGACGGUUUGUUCACGUAUAGCGCACCCGAUCCGCUACAGGGCGUUUCCGUAACCGGGGAGGUGUCCGACUACCCGGCGGGGGGCUUCUUCAUGCAGAUGUCAACCAAUAGCACCAAAGCACUGGCCAAAUUAGCACGCUACAAGGCGAAUAACUUUGUGGACAUACAGACGAGGGCGGUAUAGUGAGUACUUGCUUCGUUUGGCAGAGGUGUGACAGGUGAAUAUGAGAACCAGAAUUAGCAACGCGUUUUGAUGUUGAAAUUGAGAUUUGCCACCUUGUUUCGGGGAAUUUAGCAGCAGGACCGCUCCGAAACAGCCGUUUCAUAGCGGAUUAUGCCGAAAUACCCUUUUCCUCAGAACAAUCGAGUUCAUCUCGAUGAAAUGUUUAUCCCACUAUCUCUACAGGUGGCUCUCACUUUUAGCAUAUGGAACAGCAAUUUAGACCAGUACUCGGCGGUGCAAAUUCUGUUCGAGUUCCCCGCGGUCGGGAAGGUGCAAUCGCAGGUGCGGACGUUAGUUUUGACACAACGGGUUUUGACCAUCUUUGGGGGCGUGACCGCGGCCGAUAUGGUGGCGAAUAUCAUGGACAUCAUUGUCCUGCUCUUCGUGCUAUGCAUUGCAAAUAUGUCUGGGUCUGGAAGAAUGGGAACUUGUAAUGCGUCUUGCGGGUCACACAAAAAUCUGUCUUGCCUGACCCGCAAAAGAGGCCUACUUCGUGCCAUGCUGAGAGGGAAUUUCUCAUGCAGGAUAGGCAUUACCAAGGGAAUGCAGAACUUGUGAUUGUAAGAUCUACAUUACAGAUUUCGUGGAGCUUGGAAAGAUUGCAUCACAAAUCUCGCAAUCUUCCAGAUCCAGGCAUGUUCGCAUUUGAUACGUGCUGUACUACAUAGCCGAGGAGCUGUCCGAAAUCUCGCUGGAGCGGUGGGGCUACUUGGAGGACGGCUGGAACAUCCUGGACUGGAUCAACAUGGGGCUGCUGCUCACCGCCUACACCAUCCGCAUGACGGCCUACAUGGAAGUGGGCUCGGUCGGAACGCUCGGGGAAAAGGAGACGGCGGCCAACGCCGACGAGGCAUUUACGCUGCUACAGGGUGUCGCCAACAAAGUAGACACCAGCAGGCUGAUCAACGCAAUAAACGCGGUGCUGCUGUGGGGCAAAUGCGUGAAAUACGUCGGCUUCUUCCCUUACGUCCACUUUCUCUUCAACACGAUCAAGGAAUCCAUGGCCUACUUCGCCUACUUCCUCAUAGUCUUCGCCAUCGUGCAGAUCGGGUUUGUCAUCUCCUUCGUCGUGUCUUUUGGAGACGUGCUCGGCGAGCUGAACUCGGUAUUUUUCACUUCGCCUGUUGAUAUUCAACCUGAGUUGUUUAGGACUAUACGAAUUUGAUGGCAUCUACUUGCUGUGCAUGAGAAAAAACUGCAAGUCUAUGCCGUAGAUGAGAACAAGUUGAGUUUAUUUGUGCUGUAGAAGUAGUGGUGUCGAUAUUUUAUCGUGCGCACGGCAAAUUUUACUGUCAGGUCGCAGCGGGGUGGUUGUAUACCAUAAGGUCCGUCUGCGCGGACAUAGACGUGCUGCCCAUCUAUGACCGGGACGCGGUGGUGGGCGCAAUAUUUGUCUUGCUCUACUACAUCGUCGUGAUAUUGGUCGCGAUCAACGUCUUCUUCAGUAUCAUGGCCGCCACGCUGAUGGAGGCGACGUAUGACACGAGGAAAGGUACUGUACUUACUACACUAGACGGCUAGGACUUUUCCUUCAUAUCAUGCAGUUCGACGAGUGCAGAGUACUGUGUUGUGAAAAAGGAAUCCUCUCAUGCGGCGAGGAGAAGUCAGUGGUACUCCACAGGAAAAAAUCAAAAGACAUUUUCAAAAUUCCCAUUCUCAAACCCUCAAACAGAGGAGAAGAAGGACGAGAAGUCGGAGGCAAUUGUGGUGGUCCUGCAGAUGAUGCGGGAGUAUGCAACGGCCGCCUGCCUAUCAAAUGCAAAGAUGUCUGGGUCUGGAAGAGCAAAAACUUGUGAUGCGCUUUUGAGAACACAGAAAAACUUCUCAUGCAUAGAUAGCAAAAGCUGCCCACUUUCUACUAGCAAAAUGGGGGAUUUGUCAUGCGAAUUCGGCAUUGCGGAAGCAGGUCGAAACCUGUGAUGCUAGCUCUUCCAUGCCAGACCUUCUGCGUCAUGCAAAAAGAGCAUGACUCUUCCAGACCCAGACAUUUUUGCAUUUGAUACUGUCAGUGCCAGAAACGCAUCAAGCAGCUGAGUCCGGGGCUCUACAAGAGGAUAUACGGGAACAAAAAAGAGAAGGAAGAGGGCAAGGGAGGUAUCCUGUGUAAAAACGUGCCCACUCCAUAGUCAAGUUGGGAACUUCGCAACACAAAUCUACAAAUUUUGGGAGCCACGCAUGACAAGUUGGUUGCAGUCCGUAGUGUAGGGCAGGUUCGUAGGGACAACCGCAUCACAAAUCCAUCUGCUCACCCGGUUUCCAGCAUUACAAACUCCAAAACACGAUAUAGAAAUGCCUCUCAUGAGGACCCGCAUUACAAAUGUUGCUGUAGAUGCAAAUCUGCAUGACAACUCUGGGGGGGAUGUUUUUGCACAGGAUAAGAGGCGACAAGGACGACAAACUCAAGGCGCUCGAGGGAACGGGCAAGAGUCUCGCGGCACUGGAGGACGGGGACAAGUCCAUGACGCGGGACGACAAUAUGCCGAUCCUGGGCAUGCGGAGCACGGAAAACAUGAGCAAAACGAUCAAGGAAUUCACUCCGGCAGAGGUAUGGCUGCUGCUAGUUCUCUAGUUUGGCGGGGCUAGUAUUUUCAUACAACACAUCAUCAAAUUCAAAUCUGUAUUUUGCUUCUUUCACAUGUAGCGCUUCUAGCGACGGUGCUUUCUGGCAUGCCUUUGGUGUAAUAUGUGAGUAGUUCGCUGCAGAUAUGCAUAUGGAAAGAGCUAAAUAUCAUGAUCAAUCGUUUUCAUACCGACGAACUUCAGACUAUUCACAGGUCAAAAUCGUUCUCCCUUUUCUUUGAUUUGUGAUGCAUAUUGAGUUUAAACUCAUCAAACUGCGGCCACUCCCACUUGUGUGUCGUCAUAAUGAAUCUUGACGUAGAGUUGAUGGCUCGUGAGAAUCAACCCUUCUGAACUCCCCAUGUGCAUUCUUGAAAGAGCACGGAGGAUACACGCAGAUCUAUCGAAAGACGGGAAGAGAUUUUGUCGCCUUUUCAUAAAGGUGAUGCGUGCGGUGGAAAAUCUUGCGGGUCGGGUGCUGUCCAAGAUACACGCGUGCGGCAUAGAAGUCAGAAUAGAGGUGCUGCGGGUACAGGAGUCACUCGGGCAGAUGGUGGGGGUCGCGGAGGCACUGUCGCUGCGGAUGGAAAAGAUAAAAAAGUCACAGGAAAAAUUCCUCCGGGAUUUCGCGUCGUAAGGCGAGAUGGAGAAAUAAAGACUGUCGCAGCAACAAGAACAGGGGAUUUGUGUUUGAAAACCGCAAAAAUACUAGUGCUGGUUCCCUUUAUUUAGCAAUCACGUGGUGUCAUCUAUUUUAUCAGAUUUAGCAAACAGGAGCGAGGAGUGCUGAAGGCAUGCGUCUUCAUGAAGAUCAUGCCCGAAGAACAACAAACUCAGAGACAAGGAGAUUUAGCAAUUACAGAUUUAGCAAACAGGUAAUCAAGAGAUUUAGCAAAGGUGUUUUGUAUUUAGGAACGCAGCAGGAGUGAAGAGCGCUCGGAAAAUUAAAUUGAUUUGCACUUCUACUGUACCAAAAUCGUCUUUUUGAAGGAAAACUGCCGCGGGUUCCGUCUUGGAGUAUUUUCAUUCUCCUCGAACUUGACACACUAACGAGAGAAGGUAGCAGUAGAUACAAUGCGACGCUACGCGGACCGUGCUUGUUUUGCUACCGUGCGCGUCCAAAAGUUUGGUCGUAUGGGACAAUGACCGCGGUUGUCCACCAAAUGCUGAUGGGGAUGAGCUGCUAGGGGCGCUUUUCACUUCCUGCAGAGAUAUAAUAGAGAGCUGAAGAAUUCGCUGUAAUUGUACGUGUUUUGCGAAGAAAGAGAACUGAAAAUGACGAUGAUGGGUAAAUCAAAAAAUUAGCUUCUUGCCCAGAUUUGUUCGCUACCGAAAUUUGUUCGCACCAAACUGUCGCGAGCAGAAGCGGAAAGCUGGCAUGAGGCGAUCGAUUCUCUUUCGUCCGUAGUCUUUUGUGUCGGUACUGGGGGGUGGAUCCCGUACUCUUUCUUAUGUGUCGACGCUCUUGUUUUCGUCACGGGCAUGUCCGUGCGCCUGUACGAUUGAGAUUUCUCAAAUGGAAGUGAAAG